AUGAAUGUAACCAUUGUCAAAGAUAAUCAACAAGGGACGUCUUUAAUAAGUCAGAACUAUUAUUACUGGGGCAUGGGAGUACUUCAUGUCGCUAUAGUAGCCUUUAACGUCUUGGGUAUCGUGACCAACGCCAUCAACACCGUCGUCUUUGUUAAGCAAGGCGUGACAUCAGACAGCAUCAGCGUCUCUCUGUUCGCCAUGUCCGUCUCAGAUUUCCUGUCCAGCGUCCUGAUGUUCCCUCAGCUGGUGUGCUACUACCUGGACACGUUUGAUUUGACCUCAGAGAAAGGUUGUUACAUUGUCACCUCUGUGGUCACCACGUACCCGCAUAUCAUGUGUACGAAGUUUACCUGCUUGAUUCAGACUUAUAUUAGCCUAGAGCGGGCAGUGUGUGUGGUUCUCCCGUUACACGUGAGACGUGCUUUCAAAGUGAAGAAUACUGUUAUAGUGAAUGUCGUCUGCUGUAUUGUCAUCUUUAUCAUAUUCACCCCUUAUACCUUCACCGUACAGUUCACCACAGUGCGAGAGAAGAGCAACUCCACACACAUUGUCCUGAUUCUUACCAGCCUCGGACAAACCCUCGGAUAUAUCAACUACAUCAUCAGUUCCUUCGUCAUCAACAAUACGUCGAUCUGCGUCAUCAGCGUAGCAACCGUUGUCACGUUAACGCGUCUGAACGUGACCCGGAAGUGGAGAGAAUCCGUUUUUCACUCGCAGCGGAACACUGAUGACACCAAAGCGAGACGUCUGUCCGCAAAGAGUCUGGAACUGACCAAGACUGUCACAGUCAUCACGACCAUAUACCUGAUCUGUUUACUUUGUAGCCAGCUGCCUGCGAUGACCGUCUUUUCCCUGCCAGGGAUGUCUGAGACAGGAGAAAACAAAUAUCUCUAUCAAAUUGUGUACACAUUGAGGUUUGACAUGGAGGCCAUGCAUUCUUCCCUUAACCUAUUCUUCUACUUAAAACUCAGUUCCAAAUAUCGAGAGGUCUUUUACUCCUUGUUCAGGAUGAACUAG